AUGACAUCUUCGUUCGAUUCAUCUCUGACCAGGUCCAAUGUUAUGCGGCCGUCAUCAUCCCUUUCCUCUCCGUAUUCUCAUCUUGGAUCAAUCUUUUUCAUUCGGGAUUUCACUGCUUCCCCGCAUCGGGUUUCAAUUUGCAAUGUCCAUUUUGGUUUCGACCUAGCUUAUAUGGUUUCUACCUUCUUCGCGGAUCCAACAACAAAAAUGCAAACAGAAAUCGAAGAAGUAUCAAAGAGGCUUACAUACCAGAGAAGCAUCUGGCGCCUUUUUGAAUUUGAUGAAACUGAUAAGAAAACUAGAGGAGAGCUCCUCUAUUCAAGUACAAACGUACGAUUGAAUCCCUUUUUCUAUUUAAGUGCAGCCCUUCCAUUUCAGCUUCGAAUUCUUUCCAUUUUAAUCAAUUGUCCUUGA